GUACAAGAUGUCGGCGGCCGUGCCGCACGUUGUGGUCAUCGCUUUUCCCUUCGCCUCCCACGCCGUGAAGCUGUUCCGCCUAGCGCGCGCCCUCGCGGCGGCGGCACCGGCGGCCACCUUCUCCUUCCUCUCCACCGCCGCGCUGCUAAAGGAGCAGCAGAAGAAGCACGAGGACACUCUCGUGACGAACCUACGCUUCGUGGAGGUCCCGGACGCCAAGGCGGCCGCUGAGGUGGAGGCUCCAUGGGUUGCCGUCUGGACCGGCGGUCCCAGCGCUCUCCUGGCGCACCUACGCGCUGACGCGUUGCGCGACGACGUCGGAGAUAAAGCGGCGAGCCGAGCAGACGAGUUGCUAACCUCGCACCCGGGCCUCGGAAGCUACCGUGUCCGGGACCUCCCCAACGGCAUCGUCUCCGGCGACAUGAACUCGCCGAUCGUCUCCUUGUUCCGCCGCAUAGCGGAGCACCUUCCCCGCGCUGCCACCGCCGUCGCCUUCAACACCUUCCCGGGACUCCUCCCGGAUGACCUCACCGCCGCUCUCGCCACGGAGCUCCCGGAGUGCCUUCCCGUCGGCCCCUUCCACCUUCUCCCAUUCCCCGGCAAUGACGACACCGUCGAGACCAGCGCCGACCCCCACGGAUGCCUCGACUGGCUCGACCGCCACCCCGCCCGCGCCGUCGCAUACGCCAGCUUCGGCACAGUGGUCACCGCCGUGGCAGGAAAUCCGGAGGAACUACGCGAGCUCGCAGCCGGGCUGGGGUCCUCCGGCGCGCCGUUCCUCUGGUCGCUGCCGAAGGAGUCCUGGCCGCAGCUCCCGCCGGGGUUCCUGGACCUCGAGCGCGGCAAGGUGGUGCCGUGGGCGCCGCAGGCGGCCGUGCUGCGCCACGCGUCGGUUGGGGCCUUCGUCACGCACGCCGGGUGGGCCUCGGUGCUGGAGGGGGUGUCCGCCGGCGUGCCCAUGGCAUGUCGCCCCUUCUUCACCGACCAGAAGAUGAACGCGCAGCUGGUGGCGCGUGUCUGGGGUUUCGACACGGUCUUGGAGGAGCCCAUGAAGCGCGAGGCUGUUGCGGAAGCGGUGCCGUUGCUGCUCGCCGGUGAUCAGGGCAUCCGGAUGUGGGAAAAGAUGCAAGAGAUGCAGCGCAUCGCGGCCAGCGCGUUCGCGCCCGAUGGCGGUAGCAGAGAAAACUUAGAUAAGCUUGUCAAGAUAGUCUGUGGAGAACUGUGA